UAUAAAGCUUUGGCCUCUCCUUUUAGCUUAUGUCAAGUGCCUACCUAAUCUCCAUAAGCUUCCGCUUUCUUUCUCUUCAAAUCCCUUUUUCAUAGCCCAACAGAGAAGAUAACAAGUAUGGAGAUUCCAAACAAAAAACAGAGAAUUCAAUUGAUCACCACCUCUCAUUUGGUGAAGCUACUCACCAAGAUUUUUCUCCCAUUUUCACUUCUUUCUGUUAUAUUAUCCUACCCUUUUAUGUGUAACUUCCAAGCUUUGGCAUAUGGUUUACAACUCCUUGGUUCCAGUGCAGGCAAGAAUUACAUGUUUCUGCUCUGCAAUGGGCUGCUUGUUUUCAUUGCCACCAGCUCGGGUUUGAUCGGUAGUAGUUGUGUAGAGACUGAUGUUAAAGCUGAAAAGGCUGUGAAGAUCAGUAAAUUAGAGGUUGAACCAUCAGAACCAAAAGGGUCCAAUUUAAAUCCCAACGUUGUUGCAGAAUUUGGUCAAAGAGAAGAAGAUGUGCCCUUGGUUGUAGAAAAUGAAGGUGAAGAAGACAGAUCAAUGGAGGAGGAUGAAGAUGAAGAACUUGGGUGGAUGAGUAAUGAAGAGCUAAACAAGAAAUGUGAAGAUUUUAUUAGAAAGAUGAAAGAAGGGAUUCAAUUUGAAGCUCGCCAAGUGAUUAUGGCUCAAUAGCAGAAUUUCUUGCAACUCGUUGCUUGCCUCUUGAAAGCUCCUAAUUUUGACAAUAAUUUGGUUCCCAGUUAUAUUUUUUUCUCAGAAAUUAUUUCUGAGUUUCCUUUAAAAUUUUGGUGUGUGUAAAUUAAAUACAGGGAUGCAAAUAAUCAUGGAUUGGCAUCUGAUAAUGGUAACCAAACUUUGCUGUUUGAAAAUAUAA